CCGCAACCCACCGACCGUCAAUUGCCUCCCUGCCUGCCCACCAUGUUCAAGCCCUCGCAGCCCAUGAUGGCGCGCUUGCGCCUGACCACGAAACAGGUCCUUGGUGGCUACUACAAGGGUAACCGGACCGGAUCGAUGGGUUACUUUGCGAAGAACGGGUCAUAUGUGAUCGAUUGGAAAAAAGUCCGCACUUUCGCUGUGCCUGAAAACUUGGAUCAGUUCAAGUUGACCCCCUUCGUGACCAAGCGUAUGCCUCCCACGAAAUCCAAGUACACGAAAGAAAUCGAGAAGGACGGAAGAAUCGUCACCCUUCAGCGGGCUUUUAGCGGAAAGGACUACCUCGAUAUGUGGGCUUCGGACAACGGUCAGGAAGUUCUGGAACAGGAGCGCCUGGACUCGGAGGCCGCAGCGGAAUCGUCAUCGACUACUCAGCCCGCUCGUCAAUAAUCGACAUCGCGGUCCUUGUACUUUUCGAGAGGGAAACACAUUCGGAUUUUUCGGACAUGAUGAGGCAUAUCAUACAUACCCCCCUUCGUCCAUGCACAGUUUGGCGGUUACAUCAGGCAUGAAAUGACGCGGCGCCGGAGUUGAGUCGGCUAUUCUAGUGGUGUUGCUCUUUGGGGAGUGGUCGCUCAAGUUCAUCGGCUCUGCAUGCUUUAUUUGCCGGUCCGGCUUGCGUGGACUGUAUUCUAUGUACAGUAGCUGUGGGAUUUGAUAUUGUGGGCACAGUUUUAUACAGGGCUACCUAGGUAUCAGGUGGUUGAGACGACAGAGCGUGUAGCUUUGGUCUUACCUUGCUUGGUACAUACAUUGGUUCGCGGCGCAUCUCUGGGUUUUUCAUUGCAUAUUAGCAAAUGGUUUAGAUAUCACCAAUUACAGAUUUCAUG